AUGGCGGCAAACAUGAGUAAUCGUUCGGAAGCAUCAGAUAAAUUGGUAAAUUAUCAAAUUGUUUAUGACGGUCAGGUUAUCUCUGCCCUCCUAACAGAAGAAGAUGGAGAAAAAAUUUUGAAUGGGGAUCCAGAUAUGUUACAAGCUGUUAUAAAUUCAAAAGAAAUUGAGAAACAUGAUCAUGUACAUGAUAAACCAUCCUGCAGUAGUAGUAGCACACCAAUUAACUCUGCAUCAACAUCAAAAACUGAGCACUCAAAUGAAACCACUAAAGAAAGUGAUUGGACGCCUAAAAACACCCGUUAUCUAAUAUCCUUGGUUCGUCAAAAGUUGUAUACUGAGGAAGGCGAAAAGUUGAUUUGUAAGUCAGGAAUAUGGAAGGAAAUAAGCUUAAAAUUAAAACAAAAUGGCCACAUUCACAGCAGUGAAAGAUGCAGGGGAAAGUGGAGGACAUUAAUAACCUCGUAUAAGAAAAUAUCCGACUCAAAUAAACAAAGUGGAGAAAAUUUAAAAACUCACGAAUUUUUUGAUGAGUUGUCAUUUUUAGAUAAAAGUGCGGAUGUUGAACCUGCUUACAUUUUAGAGUCAAGUAAAGAUUGA